AUGAGGACUGUAGUUGCUCUAGUAGUGGUGAGCUGGCUGAACAACGCUCUGUGUCGAGAUGAGGAGAAAAUUAUGAAAGCAUGUUACUGGCCGAACGAGCUAUACGAGCCCUGUUUCGGUGGUUGCGCGGAGGUUUCGUGCGACAACCCGCGCAACCACCUGCGUCCAUGCUACCCUUACUGCGAACCGGGGUGUGUGUGCGAGGACCCUUACGUCCGCGACGACCGCACACACCAGUGUGUGUUGCCUCAAGACUGCUCACCUACGCAAAUGGGGAUCCCGGUGCCGAGUAGGAGAGGGAGCAAGGCGUCUCUGGCAAGUGGGCUGUCAUCGGCCGCGGCGCCCCCGCCUGCGCCGGCGCCGCUCCUCAAGUACGACAGCAGACCACCUCGUAAUCACAACAAGCGGUCAGAGAUGCUCUCCCCUCCAGAAAACAUGAGUGACAACGACCUGCCCCAGUCUGGCAACGACUUCAAGCGAGCUUCAGAAAUAUCUCGAAUGGGCAACUACUUCAACAUAGUUAUCGCACCACCACCAAUCAAGGCUCUGCAACCUAGGAAACUCUUAACUAACGACAUAUUUAGAAACUCACCAAAAAGAUUAUCGUAA